GAUCCAUCCAUCGUAAAUUAAUAAUAUCGUAAUAAAAACCCAAAACAAAAUAUCGAAUCCAACCCCCGCCUCUCUCUCUCUCUCCCUCCCUCUCUCCCUCUCUCCCUCUACCAUCACUCUCUCACUCUACAUCGCCAGUCUCUCUCUAUGUUUCUAGUCUUUUUCUGGUCUUCAAGCUUGAUUUAAACAUGAAGUUGAGUUCUCUUGAAGGUUAAAGAUCCAAAUGCUAUUGUUAGACGGAGGGGGAGGAGAUUCAAGCGCUCGGAUCUGCUGGUGGUGAGAUCAUCAUUCUCUCCUCUGUGAUCACACAUACACUUAUAUUCAUGUCAUCUGACCUCCAGCUUAAGGGAGUCACAACAGAAGAAGUUUGUAAUGCAAUGAUUUGUUGUCUUAAAACACUUUAUAGAUUACGAAGGUCUUUUAUGGGGUAAGACGCGGCGAAAUGGUAUUACAUUUCAAUUAUUUAUGGACAUGGAGGAGACACGAGAUGAUGCAGGGCCAGCAGAACAAAGGACUCGACACGCUACUUGGUGGCCUUCAGAUUUCAUUGAAAAAUUUGGAUCUGUUUCUCUGGAUUCUAAGGUAGAAACUUUGAGUACCAAAGAUUCAGAUAACUAUAAUGAACAUGAUGACAGGCUGUCAUCUCAGACAGCGUCACAGAUUCUGUGGAAAACUGGAAUGCUUUCUGAACCAAUUCCAAAUGGUUUUUACUCCGUCAUUCCUGAAAGAAGGCUUAGAGAGCUUUUUGAUGAUAUUCCUACUCUGGAAGAGCUUUGUGAUUUGGAGAUUGAUGGUUUCGGAGCUGAUGUCAUACUCGUAGAUGCUGGGAAAGAUAAGAAGCUUUCUAUGCUAAAGCAAUUGAUUGUGGCACUGGUGAAAGGUUUGAACUCAAAUCCUGCGGCAGUAAUAAAAAAGAUUGCAGGAUUGGUAUCUGAUUUUUACAAACGGCCAAAUUUGGAACUAAGUCCAGCAAAAACUGCUUUCGAGGUAACAUCUCACGGCUCUGAGAACCGAAGUGUCCAGAUGCUGGGGCAAAUAAAGCAUGGUUCAUGCCGUCCACGCGCAAUAUUAUUUAAAGUUCUUGCAGAUACUGUAGGUCUUGAAUGUAGGCUCGUGGUGGGUUUACCCAAUGAAGGGGCUGCUGUGUGUGUAGACUCAGAUAGGCAUAUGUCUGUAAUACUUACAUUGAAUUCUGUGGAACUACUGGUUGAUCUCAUGCGAUUUCCUGGCCAACUGAUACCCCGAUCAACCAAGGCAAUUUUUAUGACUCAUAUAUCUGCAGCAGGGGAGAGUGAUUCUGCAGAAAAUGACUCCUGUGAUUCACCACUAGAACCAAACAGUCCUCUUUAUGGGUUUUCAGAUAGAGUUGACCCUGACAGUACUGAGAAAGAUGAGGGCCUCCAAUCUCAGCGGAGGUUGGAAGUUUCUUCAAAUGUUUCAGGACUUUCUUUGAGGAAUAUGAUGUCACGAUCUUCUACCUCUAUAGACAGAAACUUGAGUUUAUCACGUAGCGAACCCAAUAUUGCAACUACAUUUUGGCGGAGGAGCCGGAAAAAGGUCAUUGCUGAAUCACGGACGGCAAGUUCAAGUCCAGAGCAUCCUUCUUUCCGAUCACGUGCACGAUCCAUGCUUAGCGGUGAUAGGAAAUCAUUCAGGGAUUACACUGAGGACUUGGCUACAUCAAGCUACAGGUCAGAAGGUGCCUCAACAUCAGAAACCCGUAGAAUAAGAAGAAGAAGCAUAAGUAUUACUCCAGAGAUUGGGGAUGAUAUCGUAAGGGCUGUGCGAGCGAUGAAUGAAACACUGAAGCAGAACCGUCUUUUAAGAGAACCGGGGAAUGAUGGAUCGUUUUCCUAUACUUCGAACGAUGAUAUCAAAGGUUCAGAUCUUCGGAAAAAUGUAUCUGAUUUCUGCCUUGAUGAUCGUGAUGGGGUAUCCGGUAAGGCAAUAUCAUUGCCUUCAUCGCCACAUGAGUUUAGGAGUCAGGCUUCUGAGAGAAGUGGGACUUCAGACUCUAUAGUAAAUGAUGAAAUGGUCUCAACGUGGAACAAAGUUCUAGAAUCACCCAUGUUCCAGAAUAAGCCUCUUUUACCUUAUCCAGAAUGGAAUAUUGAUUUCUCAGAACUGACUGUUGGAGCUCGUGUUGGAAUUGGGUUCUUUGGAGAAGUCUUUCGUGGCAUUUGGAAUGGAACCGAUGUGGCCAUCAAGGUUUUUUUGGAGCAAGAUCUGACUGUUGAAAAUAUGGAGGAUUUUUGUAAUGAAAUAUCCAUCCUCAGCCGUCUCCGACACCCAAAUGUUAUCUUGUUUCUUGGUGCAUGCACAAAGCCUCCACGCUUGUCAAUGGUUACUGAGUACAUGGAGAUGGGAUCCUUGUACUAUUUGAUCCAUCUAAGCGGCCAGAAGAAGAAACUCAAUUGGCGGAGGAGACUAAAAAUGCUGCGGGAUGUAUGCAGGGGGUUGAUGUGCCUACACCGGAUGAAGAUUGUCCAUCGCGAUGUAAAAAGCGCAAAUUGUCUCGUUGAUAAGCAUUGGACAGUUAAAAUUUGUGAUUUUGGACUGUCAAGAAUAAUGAGAGACACCACCAUGAGAGACUCCUCAUCAGCCGGAACUCCAGAAUGGAUGGCUCCAGAACUUAUUCGCAAUGAACCAUUCUCUGAGAAAUGUGAUAUUUUCAGCCUAGGGGUGAUUAUGUGGGAGCUGUGUACUCUAAAUAGACCAUGGGAUGGUGUACCACCGGAGCGGGUAGUUUAUUCCGUUGCCAAUGAAGGGUCACGGUUGGAGAUUCCUGAAGGUCCCCUGGGCAGGCUCAUUGCAGAUUGCUGGGCAGAACCGCAUGAACGACCUACUUGUGAACAGAUACUCACCCGCUUGCUAGACUGCGAGUACUCUCUCUGUUAAAGUAAUCUGUUGUUGUAUAGAAAACUACAUAGUAGAGGUGUUACAUUGUCUUCUCGGCUCAAGUUGUAAACUUUUGUACAAUUUUUCCAGUUCGAAAAACAUAAUACUGAUUCUUCUUCAUUUUCAAAUGGCAAAUUUGUGAUCUUUUUGUGCAAUCAAAAGCAAAAUUCAGUUUUAGUA